AUGGACGCUAUUCAUCGCGGUGAUUCAAAUUGCUCAAAAGUGGGGAAAUCAAUUAUUUUGCCUUCGUCACAGACUGGGGGACCACGAUAUAGAGUACAAAAUUAUCAAGAUGCUAUGGCAAUUUGUAAAUGGGCAGGAUAUCCUGAUUUAUUUCUUACUUUCACUUGCAACCCAAAGUGGCCAGAAAUAAAUGAUAUGAUCCAUUUAAUAGGCCAAAAAGAUGAUAACAAUCGGGUCGAUAUCAUAUGCAGAGUAUUUGAGAUAAAGCUAUUCCAACUAAUGCACGAUCUGAAAAAAGAACAACCGUUUGGAAAGAUAAUCGCAUGUAUAUACACAAUUGAGUUCCAAAAAAGAGGACUGCCUCAUGCACACAUACUACUUUUCUUGCAUUCGACAUUGAAAAAUCCUUCAGCAGACCAUAUUGAUAAUAUAAUAAGCGCGGAAAUCCCGGACUUAAAUGUUGAUCCUGAUGGUUAUAAUGCCGUCAAUAAAUUUAUGAUUCAUGGACCUUGUGGAAAACUUAAUUCAAACUCUCCAUGUAUGAUGCACGAUAGGAAUUUGGUUGUCAAAUUUGAUGCACAUAUUAAUGUCGAGGUUUGCAAAUACUCUAGAUCAGUCAAGUACCUUUUCAAAUAUGUUCAUAAAGGGUCUGACAGAACUACUGCAACAAUGGAAUCUAUUGACACUGCCAAAGAAAUAGAUGAGAUAAAAACAUAUUUGGAUUGCAGAUAUAUCUCAGCAACUGAAGCUUGCUGGAGAAUAUUCCAAUUUGACAUACAUUACAGACAACCAGCAGUUGAAAGAUUACCAUUCCAUUUACCUGGAGAGCACACAGUAAUAUUCGAAGAAAACAAAUGUGUUGAAAAUGUUGUUUGCAUACCUGGAAUAGAAAAAACAAAGUUCACUCAAUGGUUGGAGGCAAACAAGAAUUAUGAUGAUGAACGAGAGCUAACUUAUUCGGAUUUCCCUAUAAGUUGGGUUUGGAAUUCAAAGGAGAAAACAUGGACUAGGAGGAAAAAUGGAUUGGCAAUUGGAAGAAUUUACUUCGCGCAUCCUUCGACUGGAGAACGCUUCUAUUUGAGAAUGUUGUUAAAUUUUGUCAAAGGGAGCACUUCUUAUGAAAGUAUUAGAACAAUAAAUGGGGUGACAUAUCCUAAUUUUAAAAGCGCAUGCUAUGCUUUGGGAUUGUUAGACGAUGAGAAAGAGUGGAUAAAUUGCUUGACUGAAGCUGCAAUAUGGGCAACUGGAAAAGAAUUAAGACAUAUUUUCGUCACGAUACUCAUUCACUGUCAGGUUUCUGAUGCAUCACAACUUUGGAAAUCUAAUUAUAUUGCAUUGUCAGAAGACAUAACUUCAUUGCAAAGGAAGAGAUUUAGAAUGAAUGAUCUUAAGUUAGCUGAACAACAAGUUGAAGCAUACACAUUGUUCAAGAUUGAAAGUAUCAUGCUGAAGAUGGGAAAAAGUUUGAAAGAUAUAGAUGGAAUGCCCCUGCCUAAUCCAUCUUUGAUAAGAGACUAUAGGGUAAUAGAUUGGACAGCUCAUUCACGAUUUCAUAUUCCCUUGAAUGUUACAGCAGAGUCGACUUGUGAAAUUCGACAAGGUACCCUACUAGCUGGACUUCUUGUGAAAACUUCUUUGAUCAUUUGGGAUGAAGCACCUAUGGCAAAUAAGUUCUGCUUUGAAGCUUUGGAUAAGACCUUAAGAGAUAUUCUAAGAACAAGGUUUGAAAAUAGCUCUAACAAACCUUUUGGAGGACUUACAAUAAUGUGUGGUGGUGAUUUCCGACAAAUAUUACUAGUUGUCCCAAAAGGUACAAGAGCUGGUAUUGUUGAUGCUUCUCUUAACUCAUCAUAUUUGUGGCCAUUUUUCAAAAUAUAUGAGCUCAACAAAAAUAUGAGGCUAUAUAAUGGAAGCUUGACUGGUUUUGAGGCUGCUAAAAUAGCUUCUUUUGACAAAUGGAUGUUGCAGAUUAGAGAUGGUUCAUUAUAUGAUGACAUUGAUAGACAAUUAAUUAAGCUUCCUUCUGAUAUCGCCCUAAAUCCAUCUCAAGAUCCAAUGAAAUCCAUAAUUAAAGUUAUCUACCCAUCACUUUUACAAAAGUACAACGAUCCUACAUAUUUGACAGAAAGAGCAAUAUUAACACCAAAAAAUGAAAUGGUCUAUGAACUAAAUGAGAUGAUUAUGAAUAUUAUACCAGGUGAAGGGAGUACAUAUUUUAGCUCAGACAGUAUAUGCAAAGCAAGUGUAAAGACAAAUGAUGGAGAUCUUUUGUAUCCAGCUGAAUUUUUGCAUGGUUUGAAAUUUAAUGGCAUCCCUAAUCAUGAGAUGCGACUUAAGGAAGGUGCUCCUGUAAUGCUCCUUAGAAAUCUAAAUCAAACAGAAGGCCUAUGCAAUGGCACAAGAUUGAUUAUCAGGCAUCUUGGUAAAUGGUCCAUUAGAGGCGACAUAAUUUCUGGAACAAAUAUUGGUGAAAAUGUCACAAUUCCAAGAAUUAUCAUGUCUCCCAAUGAAUCAAGAUGGCCAUUCAAGCUUAAUAAACGACAACUUCCCUUGGCACCAUGUUUUGCCAUGACAAUCAACAAAAGCCAAGGACAAUCUCUUAAACAUGUUGGCUUGUACCUCCCUAAGCAAGUAUUCACCCACGGUCAAUUAUAUGUUGCUGUGUCCCGAGUUACCACAAGAGAAGGAUUGAUCAUACUAAAUGCUGAUGAUGAGUCUCCUUAUUCAUGUCCUUCAAAUUCUUAG